UUUUUCAGUAAAAUGUCUUGCCAGGAAAAAAACUGCAUUGUACAAUAAUUACUGCCAGUCAUCAGUCUAAAUUGUGACAACAGAAGAAGACAUCAAUUUAACAAUAUUUUCUAAUAACAGUAUGUUACUGAUAGAAUUCUGCAGUAAAUUUACAGCCAUUUCUAAGAGUGCAGACAGAGAGAACAAACAUGUCAAGUGCUUGUACAGCUUUUUGCUUUUAAUACAUGAAGUCAUCAGUUGAAAACUGCAUGUUAUAUUUUUCUGAUUCUAAAAUUUGUGUGAUGAUGUGAAACGUGUGACGAAAAACAAAAAUAGGAGAGAUCUGUUAAGGGAGCAAAUACUCCCUUAACAGUAGUGUAUAUUGUAGAUAUAAUUUUACAGUGAACAUGAAUAACAUUCAAACUGUAUCUGCUAAUUUUGUUCUCUGUUAUUUCAUUUGCUCCAGUGAGGGAGCAGUCACGCUCUUUUUUUCCUUGUAAAAUAUUAAAAAAAACUCCCAGUGGGUAGGUAAAAAUUCCUUUAUAGAGACAGCAGUAAAACACACUCCACAGGAGAUUAUUCUAACACUUAGGAAAAUUUUUUAUUGUUCAGAUGAGAAGAAGAAUGCAAAUAUUUUCAUGCUUCAACCCCCUAGAUUGCAAAUUAGUCUGUUUGAAGUAAUUUAGCGUGUGUUUUUUUUUCCUUACCCUAACAGUUUGACUUCUGAAAGCUCUCCUCUAAUCUGCAGAUCCUCACCCAGGAGGAUUGGAAUGCUGUGCUGUACAAUGGGAUGGCCUCCACCUCUCCGCUGGCUGCCCUCUACUUUGUGGCCCUCAUGACGUUCGGAAACUACGUACUCUUCAACCUGCUUGUUGCCAUUUUAGUUGAGGGUUUUCAGGCUGAAGGUGAUGCCAACAAGUCAGAGUCUGAUGAUGAGAGGCAGUCACUGGGCUAUCAGGAGGAGGAGAACCUCAGAGAGCUCUAUGCUGCAGAACUUAAGAUCCAGGCUAUGAUGUUGAGCCCCAAUGGUCUCCUGAACCCCAAAGCCUCCAUGCCUCACCCCACUCCUCCUCCGCUGCCCAUCAUCACACACACUGCAGCCACACCCACCAUAAACUCCAACCAGUCCCGCAGGCCAAGUGGAGUUUCCAUGGAGGUCAACAGUUUGGAGCAGAGAUCGCUGUCUCUGUGGGAUGGCAGUCCGGAGAGCCGGCGCUCCAGCUGGACGAGCAGCGGCAGAGCUCCCAGCCUGCACCGGAGGAGCCAGUCGGGGGAGAUGGAGUCUCUCCUGUCAUGCUCCAGCCCCAGCAGCAGGGAGCAGUCUCUGGACCAGUCGGACCACCUGCAGGUUCCCAUGCUGCUCUCACCAGACUGCAAUGGCACCACCUUUCACCUUCCAGAGCUGGGCUACGACAAGGCCACAUCAUAUUUCCACAGUGAUCAUGAUGAGGAAGACAGUGAAGAGAGUUUAUGUAAGAGGCUGAAGAAGAUGCUGGAGCCAUAUGAACCUCUGUGGUGCAGAGAGCAUGAAGAGUGGUCACUGUAUCUGUUUGCACCAGAAAAUGAGUAAAUGAACAAAAAACAAGAGAGAAAAGAAAUACCACACACACUCAUGAAAACAGAUAUGCCACUGAUCGUCUCCUGAGUAGUCUGAGUGGUUAAACCGCAGCAAGUGUGAACAUUCACAGUGAACUUGUGAAUCUUGUAGCUAACCCUUAGUAAUUAAAUUUUUACUCUUUUCAAUUAAAGCA